AUGUCUGCCGCUGCCACAGCCGACGAGGUCCGCGCCGAGAAGAGGCCCCUUGCUGACAAGGAGGAUGAGAAUGGUGUUGCUGAGAAGAAGGCUCACACCGAGAACGGAAAUGAGGUCGAGGAGAAACUCAAGGACAAGGCCACCGAUGAGAACGCCGAGGGUGAGGGUGAGGAAGAGGAGGAUGAUGAGGUAGAUGACGAGGAAGGCCAUGAAGAAUCCUCGGGUGGUGAAGACUCUGAAGGAGACGUCGAGGGAGAAGAUGAUGAGGGAGCCAGUGGAGACGAUGGUGAUGAAGGAGAAGAGCCUGAAGGAGGCGAGGAGAGCGAU